UAGAAAGUGGUUUUGCCAUCAGAUGUCCAACUUCUGCUAGGGUAUUCACAUUGCAUAGUUGUAGUUCUUGUUUGACUGUGUUUUAGCGAUUUUGAGGGGUUGCUAAAAGAAACAAGAAAUAGAAAGAGAAAAAAGUAGUACUUGAGUGAGUUUUCAAAAUAGUCAUGGAUUCGUCUAAAUUCUUUGAAAAAAGAUAGUAAGUGUGUGAGUUGAGUCCUCAAGGCUUCGGUUCUUUCAUGAGAUGUGUGGUAGGGCGUACAUCAUGAGUUCAAAGGAAAGAAAAUUUGUGGAACACUACACUAACAACUAAUGGUGGACUGUGUGGAUGGAAAGAAGUUGGAGUACUUUGAAGGCAAAAAGUAAAAUAGUUGUUCUUCAAGACAUAGAUAUUAAGCUCUCUUAGCCUUUUGGUGUAAAAAUUAGAAUGUACAAGAAGUAGAUAGGAUGGCUAAUUUCCUUACUUCUUUUCACGUGUAGUUAGUGUACUUCGAUGCGUAUUGCUGGGGGUUGUACUACUCAUCUGUUGCACUCUCUGGAUGCUACUCUGUAAUAAAAAAAAAAAUAUUAUUACAUUUUCGAAGAAAAUGAUUGUGCAGAAUACUAUUCAGCUUUACUUCUGGGAAUUAAAGGGACGUUGUCAACUCAAGCUUUAUAGUUUCAGUUCAGUAAAGAGAAGAAGUUUUGAGUGGUGUGCAAGGUGGCUGCUGUGCAAUGAAACUGGAUAUAGUGCUAGAAAUUAGGGUCGGGUGAGUCUCGGUCCCUUAUGAAGGAGUUGGCUGAUGUAGUUUCUCAUGAUCAAGGGAGAUUUGGUUCACUGAAGCUGAUGGUUUUAUAUAGGAGCAGUGAGAGAAUGCUGGCAGAUGCAGUUGGAGCUGAUGAGGGAAUAACAAUAUUAUAUUAUCAUCACUCACACUCCUACAAGUAUCAGGGAAGACUUCGCGUGCAGAAUAUAUUGUCAUCUGUCCAUUAUGUUAUGUCUCUGUUGCCAGAACAGCUUCCCUUCAAAAUUCUGAAGACACCCGAAGACUUAGAAAUUUUCCUCGGUUCAACUGACAAGGCGUUGAUUCUUUCUGAAUUUUGUGGAUGGACCCAGAAAUUGCUAGCAAAAGGUGGCAGUAACAGCAGUAAACAUGGUUUUGGAUUUCAUGAACAGUUCAAUGGAACAAUUGCAGCUAAAGAAAAUGAAAAUCAGGGGAUGGAAAAUGCGAAGAUGGAUUGUGGUGGUGACGAUCUGUUUAGUGACAUGCCUUGGCUCAGUGAGUUUACCUCAGCAAACAGUAACGCUUUCCUCGCGGCUGAGAAUAUGAGUCUUAAUAGUGGGGCUUCCUGUAAAAUUGAUGAAUUCCAACGUUUUGAAUCAUUCUUACCAAAGUUUUUGACGGUUUCGAGAGACUUAUUUCUUCCCCCUGAAAGGCUAAGAUUUGGUCUGGUUCCGGAUAGAGCGUUGCUUUCAUCAUUGAACAUUGAGGAUUCUGGAUCGUGGUUGGUGACAUUGCAUUUUGCUGGAUGCCCCAGUUGUUUGAAGGCUCUCAGAGAAGGUGAUGAUCUCAAAGCUUUUGCCAAGAUUCAAGCUUGGCCAGUUGCAGAGCUGGAGGAUGAUGUGGAUGAUCUUGAGAAUGCUCUUCCAGCAAAUAAGCCAUCUGUUGUUCUUUUUAUUGAUAGAUCAUCUGACUCCUUGAAGAUCAGAGAAAAGAGCAGGAAGGCUCUUGAUUCUUUUAGAGAGUUUGCCCUGAAAAUUCAGAUGUCAAAUGAAAUGAGUGAACCAAAAGCAUUCAAAUCACAAGAGACAUCUCUUAAGGGUUCCCAAGCAUCAAGAAGUACUUCCAGACACCCUAAAGUGGGGCUGUUGCCAGCAUCUCAAAAGAUAAAUAUCAAAGACAAGAUGUCAAUUGUUGUAAUGAAUCAGGGGAAACAAGUCAUCCUAGAAGAUCUGGUUUCAGGUUUACAUGGCAGUACAUUGCAUGAAAUCUUGGCAUAUGCACUUCAGCAAAAGAAGGAAGUGAAAUUGAGCUCACUUGCGAAAGAUGCAGGAUUUCAACUUUUAUCUGAAGAUCUUGACAUCAAAACUGCCCAAGCUUUACCAGGUCAAACAGAAUUUCAGUCAAACAAGGCUUCAGAGAUCCUUCUGGAAGGUGUUUCUGAAGGUAUUAUUGAUCCAGAUAGGAAAACAAUGUUACUUGAAGAUACCAUUUUGGAGAAGCAAUACAAUGAACAAUCUGAAUCAAAUGAAGCCAAGUCUUCUCAUGUUUGCCCAAAAGAUGCUGAAACUGUACUGGCUCAUACAGAACUUCAGUCAGAUCAACUUUGUCGUGUAGAAGAUGUUCCAGAAGGGCCUACUGAUUUAGAUAAGGAUCAAAUGCUGCACGUGGAGGACGGGAAGCAGAUUGAAGAAUCAAACCCCCUUAACGCUGACUUGCCUCAGCAAAAUGAUGAGAAGAAUUUUCUUGAAGAUGAAAGUUCACAAAUAUCUGUAAAAUUUGGUCACGAUGAUGUGAAGAAGGUUGCUAAUAGCCCUACUGCCGGGGAAACAAUCAAGGAGCUGGAUUCGCAGAAGGAAAAGAAAAACUUCAGAGGUUCCUUCUUCUUUCUCGAUGGUCACUAUAGACGUCUUAGAGCUCUAACAUCAGGUUCAAAAAUACCAUCUGCGGUAAUUAUUGAUCCCACUUCACAGCAACACUAUGUUUUAAGCGAGCAAGCAGAUUUCAGCUGCACUUUGCUAUCUGAAUUUCUUGAUAGCUUUCUCAAUGGAAGUCUUCUCCCAUAUCAACAGUCUGAGCAUGUUGUUCCAAGCAUUAGGGAGGCUCCAAUUCCACCAUUUGUUAAUCUGGAUUUUCAUGAGGCUGAUGCUAUCCCUCGAGUGACAGGGCAUAUGUUCAAUGAGCUGGUCCUUUAUAAUCAAUCUGAUUCCAAAAAUUCUGGUAGUUCUCGAGAUAGGGAUAUUUUAGUGCUUUUCAGCAAUAGCUGGUGUGGUUUUUGCCAGAGGAUGGAACUGGUUGUUCGUGAAGUAUACCGUGCAAUCAAGGGGUAUAAUAAAACCCUGAGGAAUGGGUUUAAGAAUGAGAAACUGUUGUUGAAUGGGGACGAGGUGAGAAAUGAGAUCCCGAAGUUUCCAGUGAUUUACUUGAUGGAUUGUACAUUAAAUGACUGCAGCUUAAUCCUGAAAUCAGUGCUUCAGAGGGAACUUUAUCCAUCUCUACUCUUAUUUCCCGCUGGAAGGAAGAAAGCUAUCCCUUAUGGUGGAGAUAUGGCAGUAUCUAAUAUCAUUAACUUUCUUGCUCACCAUGGGAGCCACUUUUACUAUCUUCUUCAGGAGGAAGGUAUACUGUGGACUGGAGGUGAACCAGGCAUAAUUCAUAACAUGAAUUCAGAGGCUUCUCCAUUUAAGAACUCGCCACAUGAAAUUAUACUUCAAGGAGGACCGCCAACAUUAGAUGCUCAGUUCAACCAAAUUAGAGCUCCUCUUAGUAGCUCCGCGAAAGCAGCCCCUCAUGUGAUUGUUGGCUCCGUCCUUGUUGCUACAGACAAGCUUCAAAAUGUUCAUCCUUUCGAUGGAUCCAAAGUAGUUAUUGUGAAAGUGGAUCAAAGCACAGGAUUUCAAGGUCUGAUUGUCAACAAACAUAUCCGCUGGGACUCUCUUGAUGAACUUGAAGACGGAGUAGUACAGCUCCUGAAGGAGGCUCCUCUAUCUUUUGGUGGCCCUGUCAUGAAACGUGGAAUGCCAUUUGCUGCGUUUUCCAGAAAGUAUAUAGUUAACCAGUCCAUGGAAGUGCUGCCAAAUGUAUUUUUUCUUGACCAAAGGGCCACAGUAGGUAUCGUAGAAGAGCUAAGGUUAGGAAACCAGUCUAUCCAUGACUUCUGGUUCUUUUUGGGAUAUUCGAGUUGGGGUUGGGGCCAGCUAUUUGAUGAAAUUGCUGAAGGAGCUUGGAUUGUAAGAAAUCAUGAUGAGGACCAAAUAGAUUGGCCUUGGAGAUGACCUAGAUCGGAUUAAAUUUCUGAAUCUAUUAUUAGGUAUUUAUUUCAUUUAAGAGCCAGCCAGAGUACAAAAACUAUUAGUUCAACAAUAGAAUUUGAUUUUCAAUAGGCAGUGUAUAACAUUUUUGUUGGAUAAAGCGACAUUCAUAUCCUAAUGCAGCCUGUUUAUGUACCAUAUACCCUUCAUUUAACUAUGACAUCUCAGUGA